UCAGUUGGUCAUUAACCCCGCCAAAUGUGAAAAGCUCAUAGAUAACUAUAGGUUUUUAAGUUGCGACUAUUAUGUGAAAUAACACUUAAUAAUAGCAAGUUUCAAUAAUUCCGAUUUCAAAUGUCAUCAAGACAAUGCGAAAGAUGGACACAUGUAUAACGGUUCUCUACUAUAUUUUGCACACUCUUAAAAUUAUCUGUGACACCUUCCUGAUCAUUUUUUACAAUAAAUAUUCAAAAUUGUUGUUAGUAAUUAAAUUCUUACACUUCGUACACAUGUAUGAAUUUAACGUAUAAAUAAAAAAACUGUUAAGUGAGCGUACACUUGGUUGUUGUGGGAACAGUGGCAUUUUUAAACAAAAUUCAUAUGGUACUUUGAAUAUUUCAAACUUAAAAACUUUGAAUCUAAAAAUUCUGUAGCACAACUACGAAACAAAAAAUAAUAAUUAAUUUAUACCCAAUAUAAAUCAGAAUAACAAUUUCAAAUAUUGUAGAGAAUAACGAUUAAAUAAAAAUGUUCCGAAGUAGACAUCAGAAAGGUUGUUUUUCUGUGUUUUACAGCUUGGGUAGCAGUCCGUUACAAUUUUGGUCUACGCAUAUCCAAAACGGUUAUGUUAAAAGGGUUGUAGAUGAGGAUGUUAAAUCUAUCGUGAUGGAGAUUAUGGGUUCAAAUGUAUCAACCACAUAUAUAACGGGGCCCCGAGAUCCCAAAAUGUCCUUUGGUAUCAAACUACCAUUUUUAGUAUUGCUCAUAAAGAAUCUACAUAAAUAUUUUACAUUUGAGGUUAAAAUUUUAGAUGAUCAACGGUUUAUGCGUCGUUUUCGGGUUUCGAAUUUUCAAAGCAAAACAUCUGUAAAGCCCUUUUGCACGGCUAUGCCAAUGGGUAUGUCUCCGGGUUGGAAUCAAAUUCAUUUCAACUUAGCGGACUUCACACGCCGUGCCUAUGGCACCAACUACAUGGAAACCGUUCGUCUACAAAUACAUGCCAAUGUACGCAUAAGGCGCAUAUAUUUUACUGAUCGCUUAUAUUCGGAAGAAGAUCUACCGAAUGAGUUUCGUUUGGUUUCGAAACCAGCUGAAAAGAAGAAGCAACGUGAUUACACAAUUCCCGCAGCACGCCCUCCAUCCCCGGCGAAAUCAGCGGCUACAACUGAGCGACUCGGUUCUCCUACUGGCGAGCCUUCAGUCGCUGAACCUUCAGAAGUACCUACUGAAAUGGAUAUUGAAAAAUAUUACUAA